GAUGUGGUGGCCCACGCUGCUGGCCCUGCUGGUCCCCACGACAGUGGCCCAGCUGCACCCUGAGCCGGAGCUGGACGCCCAGUGGGACCUAUGGAAGAAAACCUAUCGCAAGCAGUACAACGGCGAGGCGGAUGAGGUGACGCGGAGGCUGAUCUGGGAGAAGAACCUUAAGUACAACACCAGCCACAACCUGGAGCACGCGCUGGGCGUCCACACCUUCGAGCUGGCCAUGAACCACCUGGGUGACAUGACCAGCGAGGAGGUGGUGAGGACAAUGACGGGCUUGAAAGUGCCUCGUGGCCACCCACGCCGCAAUGAGACCCUCUACGUCCCUGACUGGACUGAGAGAGCCCCGGCUGCUGUGGACUGGAGGAGGAAAGGCUACGUGACACCCGUCAAGAACCAGGGCCAGUGUGGCUCCUGCUGGGCUUUCAGCUCAGUGGGUGGAUUGGAGGGGCAGCUGAAGCGGAAGAUGGGGAAGCUGCUGUCCCUCAGCCCCCAAAACCUGGUGGAUUGUGUGGCCAACAACGACGGCUGUGGCGGCGGCUACAUGACCAACGCCUUCGAGUACGUCCGGCAGAACCGCGGCAUCGACUCGGAGGAUGCCUACCCCUACAUCGGCUGGGAGGGGGGUGAUCAGGACGAGAGCUGCAUGUACAGCCCUACUGGGAAAGCGGCCAAAUGCCGCGGCUACCGCGAAAUCCCUGAAGGGAAUGAGAAGGCUUUGAAGAGAGCGGUGGCCAGGAUUGGACCCAUCUCUGUGGGCAUCGAUGCCAGCCUGCCCUCCUUCCAGUUCUACAGCCGUGGUGUGUACUAUGAUGAGAGCUGCAACGCUGAAAACAUCAACCAUGCGGUGCUGGCGGUGGGCUACGGCACGCAGAAGGGCACCAAGCAUUGGAUCAUCAAGAACAGCUGGGGUGAGGAGUGGGGCAACAAGGGCUACGUCCUCCUGGCACGUAACAUGAACAACGCCUGCGGCAUCGCCAACCUUGCCAGCUUCCCCAAGAUGUGA